UGAGGUGUGCCUGCGUGCACACAUGUGUGCAAUAUACACUGUGCAUAUGAUGUCCAUUCGUGUGCACACAAGUGCACACACACUUACCUACAUACACAAUAUAUGGAUACCCAUACAUAUCAUACAAUGUGCAUGCCAUGUGAACACACACAAUGCACAUAGAUCUACAUGUGUGAACAUGCACAUAUGAAUCCAAUGUAAACACAUCCACAUAGCACACACUGCAGAGGUGCAUACGUGUACCUGGGUAUUCACACUACAUGCACACACGAAGUAAAUCCACACACACAUACAACCACACAGUGUCUGCACACACAACUGCGCUGCCAGCUUCAUGGCCACCCCAGGGCCUCCAUCCCCCAAGCUAACUGUCCCUGCUCUCCCUCCCCUGACAGCCAUGCACACAGCAACUUUCUUCUUCCCCACGGCCCCCUUCAUCCUCUUUGUCUUCGCGGCUUCCACCAUAUUUCACCUUCAGCAGCGGCUGGUGAAGAUGCAACCCUCGUGGGAGUUAGAGAUGCUGGAGUCAAAGAUGGUGGAGACUCCCUCCAGCCCCCCGCGGAAGGGCAUGUGGACAAUCAAUGCAAUAGGCCGCCUGGGGAACCAGAUGGGGGAGUACGCCACCCUGUACGCUUUGGCCAAGAUGAACGGGCGGCCGGCCUUCAUCCCGCCCCAGAUGCACAGCACUCUGGCCCCCAUCUUCAGAAUCACCCUCCCCGUCCUGCACGACACCACGGCCAGCAGGAUCCCCUGGCGGAACUACCACCUGAACGACUGGAUGGAGGACCAGUACCGCCACAUCCCGGGGGAGUACGUGCGCCUCACCGGCUACCCCUGCUCCUGGACCUUCUACCACCACCUGCACGCCGAGAUCCUCCAGGAGUUCACCCUGCACGACCACGUGCGGGAGGAGGCCCAGAAUUUUCUGCGGGGUCUGCAGGUGAAUGGGAGCCGGCCGAGCACCUUCGUAGGGGUCCACGUGCGCCGGGGGGACUACGUUCACGUUAUGCCCAACGUGUGGAAGGGCGUGGUCGCUGACCGGCGAUACCUAGAGCAGGCCCUGAACUGGUUCCGGACGCGCUACAGCACCCCCAUCUUUGUGGUCUCCAGCAACGGCAUGGCCUGGUGCCGGGAAAACAUUGAUGCCUCCCGUGGGGAUGUGGUGUUUGCCGGCAAUGGCAAUGAAGGCUCACCAGCCAAGGAUUUUGCACUGCUCGCGCAGUGUAACCACACCAUCAUGACCAUUGGGACAUUCGGGAUCUGGGCCGCCUACCUUGCAGGUGGAGAGACCAUAUACCUAGCCAAUUACACUCUCCCAGACUCUCCCUUCCUCAAAGUCUUUAAGCCCGAGGCAGCCUUCCUGCCAGAGUGGAUCGGAAUUGAGGCAGACCUGUCCCCACUACUCAAGCACUGAUGUUAGCUGGUCCUCUGGACCCCAUUCUCCUUUUUUGGCUCCCCCAAGGUCAGUGCCAAGGCAGGAGGAGCACAUUGUUACAUGUUCCAGGACACUUCCUCCUUGUAUCAGAAUGCUUCAGGCUGCAAGUAACAGAAGUCCCAAUGAACUUAUUUAAGUAACAUGUUCAUGAGUCUCACACAACAGGAGCAGAGGUGGCACAUCUCCUGGGUUAAUUUAACAGCUCAAGAACAUCAUCAGUGACCCCAGUUCCAUCCAUCUUGUUGAGCUGCUUAAUCUCUUAAAUUGGCUCCCUCGUGGUCCCAAGAUGGCUGCCACAUACCCAGGUGUCACACACAGACAGCCUCUUCCCAAGGCAGCAAAAAGAGGUUUGUUCUUAUCUUAGGUCCCUUUUGAAGAGUGUGGGAAGCCUUCCAAAACCUCAGCAAGUGGCCCUGUGUCUUAAUGACCAGAAGUGAGUCCCAUGCCCACAUGACUCCUUCCUUACAAAGCACGAUGAAUCAGACCCUGGACUUGACUUAGCCUCAGAUCAAGAAAUCUUUGCCCUCUGCAGCUGGGAAAUCAAUCAGCCUCCUCUGAAGGACACGGUUGUUUGCAGAAAGAAAAUUGGGGUGCUCGUAUCAAGGAAGAAGGGAAGAAUGGCUAUAGAGUGCAAAAUAGGGAAGCUCUGAGUUAUUGUGCAGGUAGGUCACUAAGCAAAGGCACCUGGCUAAGGAGUCAGGUGGGGCUUAAAUAGAGCCCACAGUCUUCUCUCCAAGCCGUGUGUUCUAGGGAUGGUGCCCACCCAGAGGGCUCACUUUUUUUUCUAGUUAGCCCACCCAGAAUAGAGACUUUUUUUUCCAGUCUUCACAAGAGAGCCAUCUUGGCUAGUAGUUGGGUGUGAAUCCAAGACCAUAUGCCCCACCUCUGCAACCCUGGGUUCUAGGGCCUCAGGUGAUUAUUGUUGAGAACUCAGAGACCAGCAUGGCUCAAUGAACUCGAGGAGAGUCCAUCAUCCUUGUAGUAACCAUGUGUGGUGUGAACCUAAUAGACAGGAUCCCUGCCCUCAAGGGCUGCAUUGACAAAACAUAGUGGCUUAAAAUGACAAUUUGUUAUUUCCCACAAUUCUGUGGGUCAGCUGGGUGAUUCUCUGCUCCAUUCUAAACUGGCCGAGUUCUCUCAAGCAACUACAUGUGAAGCUCAACUGGUGUAGGACAGGGUAACUUGGACUUACUCACAACAUGGCUUUUAAGUUGUUUGCUGGAACACUCACUCUUGGAGUCUUCAGUCAUCAGCAUGAUGUCAGAAGUCCAGCCAUCUGAAGCUGCCAUGCUGUGAGGACGCCCAAACCCAAUGAGAGUCCACAUGGAAGUACUCCGAUUAAGUCUUAGCUGAGGCCAGCUUCAAGUCACCCCAGCCCAGGCAUCAGAUAUGUGAGUGAAGAAGCUUCCAGAUGAUUCCACAGAAGUUCCAGUCAACCUAGCAUUUAGAGUGAUGCAGCUGAGGCACCUGAUACAUUGCAGAGAGAAACCAUAUCUGAAUUCUUGAUUCACAGAUUGUGUUGAGCAUAAUAAUGUGACUGUUUUAUGCCACUAAGUUUUGGGAAAGUCUGUUAUGCAGCCGUCAAUAACUGGAAUAAACUAAAACAAUUACUUUC